AUGAUUCGAUUACGUUCAAACACUAACAUUCAAUCCCAACCUGCACAAACCGAUAAUCGCAAAACAGUCUAUAAUUUUGACUAUGAUGAUGAACGUCGAGCAUUACGCGAAGAAUUGGAAAAAUUUCGUCAAGAAAAUGCAUUACUUCGAAAAUCAUUUCAAUUAAACAGUAAUCAAACUCAUGGUGACAAACAAGAAAAAUCCAUAAUUAAAACACCAGCUGUUAGUCAAAAUAUUCAAACAUUAAAUUCGACUGAUUCGGGUUUCAAUACAACAACGGUUGGAAUGUCAAAUACAUUUUUAAGUAGUAGUGCUUUACAAAUUGAGCUUAACGAAUAUAAAGAACGAGAACGAAAAUUGCAAGAACAAGUUAAUUCAUUACGAAAACAACUCGAAACAUCGUUACCACAAACGAAUGAAACUCUUGCUGAAUUAGAUCGUGCUCGUCGACGAAUUCAACAAUAUGAAAGUGAUAUUAAAAAUUAUGAACAACAACAAUCAAAAUCUGAACGUGUAUUACAACGUUUACAAGCUGAUUAUGAAGCUCGAAUUGCUACUUUGGUUGAACAACAACAAAAACAAAUAGUGGAUUUUGAAACUUAUCGACAUGAACCCGAUGAAACAAGUCCGAAUGUUAAUAUUGAAGAAUAUCGUCAGGCAAUUAAUGAUCGAAAUCGGAUAAUUCAACAACUCGAAGAAGCAAUCAAUGAAAUAACGGUUCGUUUACGUACUCCAUUUACGUUGAUGCUUCCAUCUCACUCAUCAACAUCAGAAUGGACAGAUGAACAUAGUCAAAAUUUAAUUCGUGAAUUGAAUACUCAAAUGCAAGCUCAUUUGGAAACUGUCGAUCAAUUGCGAGCCGAAUGUGUUGAACUUCGACGAAGUGAAAAAAAUUUAAGAAAUCAAGUUGAAAGUUUAACUCAACUUAUCAAUGCACCCAAUAGAAAUCUAGGAUUGCCUCCUCUACCACGUCCGUCAACUUCAUCCUCUAAGACUGUUGAUACUUUUGAAGAUGCUCGACAAGUUCAAGAUCUUCAAACCGUAGUUGUUCAAAUAACAUUACAACUUCAAAGUGAUGCAGAAAAUGUAUCGGGUUUAACAAAUCGUGUUGCACAAAUGAUUCGAGAUCGUGAUGAAUGGAACGAUAAACUCAAUCGAUUACACGAUGAAAUCGAGAAAAAAAAUGUUCAUAUUCGACAAUUAGAAAAACGCGAACCAGAAGUUGAAAGUCGUAUUCGUCAACAAUUCGUAUUACAAAUUGAAGCACUACAACGUGAUAUUAGAAGUUUACAAGAAGAACUUAAUAAUCGUGAUCGUCUUUUAUAUGAACUUAAAAAUGAAAAGAAAGAAAUACAAACAAAGACACGAAAAGACUAUGAAAGAUUUGAUCAAAUUAAUGCUCAAGAAAGAACAAAUUUACAAGGUCAACUUCGAACAGCAAAUGAAAACCUUAUGAAUCUUCAACAACAAUUGGUCGAGGAACACACACAAAAUGAUGAUUUACGAAGAAAAUAUGAAAAAAUUGAAAGACGUCAACUUGAACGAGAUAGAGAUUUUGAAAAAGAAAAACAUAUUGAAUUACAAAAUGCAUUAAAUCUUACUAAUCGACGAUUUUCUGAACUUCAAACUGAAUAUGAUCGAGAAAGAACUCAUACUAAUGAUGAAAUACAAAAUUUAAGACGUGAAAAUCAAGCUAUUAAAGAUCGAUAUCGUGAUGUUGAUAAUAAAAUGUUUGAAUUAACAAAAAGAAAUGAUGAAUUAAAAUCACAAGUAUCUGUCUAUGAAAUUCGAUUUCAUGAUAAUGAAGAUAAUGAUAAACGAUAUCAAAAUGAAAUAGCUAAAUUAAAACGUGAUAUUCAAGAUAUAUCACGAGAAAAUGAAGAUCGUAUUCAUGAUAUUAACGAAUGGAAACGUAAAUAUGAAAUAAUAAAAAAUGAUUUAAAUACUGCAAAAUAUGAAAAAGAAAGAAUUGUAUCAGAAAAUCAAACUAUAAAUCAUGAAAAUGUUCAACUUAAACAUGAUAUUGAUGAACUUACAAUUCGAAUUCGUCUUCAAAUUCAAGAAGAAUAUGAAGAUGAAUAUCGUCAAUUAAAUAGUCGUCGAGAAAGUGAAGUUCAAAAUGUUCGUAAAGACAAAGAAGCUAUUCAAUAUGACCUUGAGCAAUUGAGUACAGAAAGAACACGUCUUGCAGAUCGAUUACAAGCAGUAGAUUAUAAUUUAAAACAAGCAAAUGAAACAAUUGAGAGCUAUAAAACUGAUAUCGAUCGCCUUAGGACAGCUCUUAACAUAUCACAAGAGAAAAAUGAAGGACUUGAACGUGAACUAUCUCGUUCAUAUGCCGAAGAAUUAAAAACGAAAACUGAUCGUAUACAAGAUUUAGAAUACAAAUAUCGAGCAGCUGAAAAACAAUUAAAUCAAUAUGAACAAACAAUUCAUGAUCUUCGUCAAGAGAAUGCAAAACUUAUUGAAGAUAAUGAACGUCUUCGACGUGAAUAUAAUCAAUAUCGAUUAGAACAACAAAAUAGUCGUGAUUCUACACAAAAAAAUUUAACAGCAGUUGAAGAACGUGUUCGAAAAGAAGUUGUUCAAGCUACUGAAAACAAACAGGAAUUGAUUGAAAUUGAACAAUUAGAACACGAUAUUGAAACCCAAGAACAUUUUAUUAGAACCUAUACUGAAACAAGUCCACAACGACGAGAUCAACAAUUUGAAAGGCUUCCUGGCAAUACUCGACAAGUUCAUUCUAUAGAUAAUACUUCAGUUAUUGGAACAUUACAAGGACAAUAUAUAAUACGUGAUCGACGAAGUGAACAAGCAUUGAAUGAAAAUACAUUAACUAUUAAUGAAUAUGAACGUCGUAUAAGUGAAUUACAAACAGUUAUUCGUGAAAAAGAACAUGAAAUUCUUAAUAUAGAUGCUAAAUUACAACAAACUGAACAAACACUUAAUACUCAACAACAUGAACUUGACACUUGCCGACAAAAACGUGAUAUUUUAAAUGUUGAUUUAAAUAUUGCAAUUGAAGAAAACGAAACUUAUUUAGAUAAAAUUAAAACUUUAGAAAAACAAUUAGAAAUGUCUCAUCUUCGAAAUAUAUCAUCCGAACAAAAUGCUCAAUAUCAAAAUAUAAUCGAUGAUCUUAAAGCUAGACUUCGAAAUCAAGAAGAUACAAUACAGAAUCUUCAACGUACAAUAUCUGAUUCUGAUAGAACAUUAAGAGAAACUCGUCAAACUCAUCAAAGUAUUCAAAGUGAUUAUAAUCGAGCACAACUUCGUUAUGAACAAAUGGAAAAUCAAUAUAAAGCUGAUUUAGAAAAUCGUGAUCAAACUAUUGCUUCUUUACGUAAAAAAGUAGCUGAUACAGAUCAAGAAAUCAAAAGAUUACGUGAAAGUGAUAUUGCUAAAGAAGCAGUUAUUAGCAAAUUACGUUCAAAAUCUCGUGAAUCCAAUGAAGAAUCACGAAGUGAAUAUUCAGGAGCACGAGCUCCUACAAAUGUUGGCUUGAGAUUAGAACUUCAAAAGAAAGAUGAUCACAUUGACGAACUUAAACGACAAUUAGAACGAGCUCGUAGAGACAUAUCUUCAAGUGGACGAGAUGACUCGUCCACUGUUCAACAUGCUCAACGAGUAGAAGUUCAUCGCCGUCCUCGCCUGACAAGUUUUGAUCAUCUAAAUCGGGAAGAACUUCUAUAUGAACUUGAAAUGGCUCUACAAGAUAACGAAGGAUUAGUUCAACAAUUAGCAAAACUAGCACGACAAAAAUAUGUUAAUCAAGUUUUAUGGCGUAAACUUGAUGCAUUAAUUGAUAUCCAAGGUUCAAAUACACGAGCAGAAUUAGCCAUUGAAUUAGCCAAUUAUCAUGAUGAACUUGAAGCAUUAAAAGCUAAACAACAUCGUGUCAAUGAUACUCGUCUUGCUAUGCUCAAUGCUAGUUCGAGAUCAUCAUCAGGUGUUUGUCUAGUGAUUCGUUAUUGUCUAAUUGAUUCUUCUUCAAUUCGACAACGUCGGUAUAGUGAUGAGGAUUGUAAUCGAGAACUUUCUACAUUUAUUAAUAUGGUUACAUCAAAUGAAAAAAUGGAUCAUUCUUAUGAUACUAAAAAUAUAGAAGAACUUCAAGAAAUAAUUCGUAAUCAAAAGAAAUAUAUUGAACAAUUGCAAAUACGUAUUCGUAUAAAUGCACCAGAUAUAAUUCAAUCAACAACAUUACAACAAUUGACUGAACAAAAUAAGAAUUUAAAUCUUGUUAUUCAAACUUAUAAAAAUGAAUCAAAUAUAUUAAAAAAUGCACUUGAAAAACUCAAUAAAACUAGUGAAUGUAAUCGAAUAACAUUACAACAAUAUCAAAAUCUCAUUAAAAAACAACAAAAUUAUAUUGAACAAAUAAAUAAAAAAUCAAAUCAAUACGAACAAUUAUCCAAGAAAUAUGAUCUUCAUCCAACUAUAUUAAAUGAAAAACAAAAUAGAAUUAAUGAUUUAAUAAUUGAUUUAAAUAAAAAUAAUUUACCAGAAUAUGAUAAAAUAAAAAAAACAUCAUUAAACAAAAAAGAUAGUGGUGUUGAAAGUGUUAUAGACAGUACUCGUUAUACUUUAACACAACAAGAAUAUCAACGACAAAUCACUGAUAAAGAUGAUCAUAUUAGACAAUUAACAAAAGACCUUAAUGACUUGAAAAAAGUUCAUGAAACUGAAUUAAAUCAAUAUCGUCUCAAAUCAGAAAAGACUCAUACAGAUUUGAUUGACGAUUUAAAUGCUAAACAAAAUGAUUUACGUCAAGCACGUUUACAAAUUGAUUUAUUAAAAUCAACAAAAACUCAACUUGAACAAGCUCAAGAUCAAAAUCAAAGAUUACAAGCUGAAAUAAAACUCUUACAAAAUGAAAUGAAUAAUAAAAAAGAUUUAAUUGAUCAUUUUGAAAAACAAAUUAAUUUAUUAGAAAAACAAAUAUCAUCUCGUGAUGGUGGUACAGGUGAAAUGACAAUUCGAACAAGUGAAAUGUCUGAAUUAUUAGAAGAAAUGCGUCGUCUUCGUCAUGAUCUUGAACGAAGUAUUCAAAAACAAAAUGAAUUACAAGCUAAAUUAGAUGAAAAUAUUCGUCUAUCACGAACAGCACGUGAAUUUUCAUUUUCUGGCCGUGGUGUUUCAUAUCCUGAUCUUCGUAUUAUUGAUGGAACAGGUUCAAUUGGUGCUGAAAAUAUAUCAUUAAUUAGUAUGACUGAUGAAAAACGUUCAAGACCACUUGGAUCAUCAACAACAGAACUUGAACCUGAACAAAUAAAUCGUGGAAAAAAAUAUAUUGUUGGUGAAUUAGAAAAUCAUGAAAAUCUUCGACGAUUAAUAGCGGAUAUUAAAAUUGAAUUAAAAGCACUUGAAGUUAAACUUAAAGAAAAACUUCGAUCAAAAUUUACUUCAUCAAUGACUGAACCAUCAACAGAAUGGCUUGAACAACGUUUAAAUUCUCUUAAUCAAUGUCUUACACGUUUAGAACAAACUUAUCGAUUAAUUGAAUCAUAUUGGCCAGCAUUUUUACCAAUAAAGAAUAGUUAUGAUGAACAUCAAUUUAAUGAUCCACGUCUUGCUGAUGAAAAUAAAGAACUUCGAAUAUCUCAAACAAAAUAUAUUCAAGAGUUACAAAAUUUAAGACAGAAAUAUAAAGAACAAUCAGCUUAUAUGGAUCAAAUACUUGCUCAAUUGACAGUAAGUUUCUUUCCUAAAAAUUAA